CCCAUACCCAUUUUAAGCAGCAUAAAAACAACCCCUAUCCAACCCCAAAGUUGAACUUCAUUUCAUUUCCUCCACUCCCUUGCUUAAGGUUUUCUUGUUUCGUGUAAUCUAAAAUAUAGUUUGGUUUAGAAAUGAAUCACCAUAACCAACAACAAGAAGCUCCAGUGGUGUAUCAUCCACCAAGUGAGGUCCAAGGCCACCAUCAAGGUCCUUUUGUUGCUCCACCUCCACUUGGUUACCCUAUGAAAAAUGGUCCUGGACAUCCCCAACAGUCUCCCCCUGCCCCAUCAAAGACUCAGCAUAGGGGUGGAUUUUGCAGAGGAUGUUGUGGUGGGUUAUGUUGCUGCUGCCUCCUGGAUGCAUGCUUUUGAUAAGGAUUCAUUCUUCAUUGUAUUAAUUAAUUAUAACUCUCAACUUCCUUCUAGUAUUUAUAGGAGAUUCUCAUUGUUAGAUUAUGUUUCUGCUUAUGUAAAUUAUUAUUUUGAUUCUUUAAUCACAAUAAUUAAUAAUACAUUUUUUUUUUAA